GUCGCGUACGCACAUGAGUAAUCCCACUUCGUCGUCGUUAUUAGAUCGGGUUCGAGGCAGUCUCUUGUCGAUGGUGACUUGGACGGCCGGGCCUCGGUACCCAAAUGAUAAUACCGGAUCGGUUCGUUCGAGCAAGUUACGUCGAAAACGCAGAAAAAACAGUACGUCUAGUAAUGCUACCGUUCGAGUACACAGGAUCAGUUCGAAAUAUCCAGCUGUUAACAUACGAACUCGAAUGGACUCCUAUGGAAUCGUACCCGGUCUGAAAUCCGUACAAAAGCCAGAUCCUCCGGAAACUCCUAGUAAAACCAAUACCGGUUGUUCAUCGACUAUGACUUCCGAUACGGAUUUUUAUUACGUAGCUCAAAAUAAAGAAGAAAAUAUACAUACAACAGUAGUGGAAAUACGAGGAGAUGAUGGUGAUCAGAUUGUCACUGAAAACCUUCAAGAAGAAGAGCUUGAGGAUAGCCUGAUGAUAGUGACUCACAGUGAACAAAAUGUUGAAACGAUACGGAAAACUGGUCAUCAACACGUUUUAUCUGAGUCUUGUCGCGUAAAAAUAGAAAACUUAAGAUAUGGUCGAGUGAACGUGGUCAGGUGGCUGUUGUGGGAAGCGGACAUGCCGGUGCUAGAGAGAUCCAACAACGGAGCACUGGCGCUACACUAUGCGUCUGCCAGAGGUUGUCUGGAUUGUGUAAAAUUACUAUGCAAAUCUACUGGUGAAAUAUGCGCCAAUUCUCAAAUGGAUAAUGAUGUUACUCCAGUGUACCUAGCAGCACAAGAGGGACACUUGGAAGUUCUUAAAUUUCUUGUAUUGGAAGCCGGUGGUUCAUUAUAUGUCCGUGCAAAAGAUGGAAUGGCUCCCGUUCACGCUGCUGCACAAAUGGGUUGUCUAAAUUGUUUAAAAUGGAUGGUUAGAGAUCAAGGGGUUGACCCUAACCUUAAAGAUGGCGAUGGUGCUACAGCACUACAUUUUGCUGCCAGCAGAGGUCAUGUAGACACGGUUAGAUGGCUUUUGAGGCAUGGUGCCAAUCUUGUUGUAGACAAAUAUGGAAAAAGUCCUAUUAACGAUGCAGCCGAAAAUCAGCAAAUGGAAUGUUUAAACAUAUUAGUGCAACAUGGUACAAUGCCUGAUUAUCACGAUGAAAAGAAAAGUGGCAAACUAUUAGGAUGUACUUGUCGUAAAGAAGAACCCAAACAACGAUGUUCAUUUGCCGACUGUAUUAACUAUAAAAAGAGCCAAGAACCAUUUUACUUGCAUCCGCCGUCUCAGAAUCUACCACUGAACGGUUCCGGUCGCGGUAAGAUUGCAGCCAAAGAUGGACUUUACAUAAACCCAAUGCAGCAUACGCAACUUAAAACUCCUUCAGUGGUUGAAUCCACGACGACAGUUGUUCCACCACCACCGCCACCACCUCCAACUAUGGAAAAUACCAUUAACUAUAAUCAACAUCUCCCAAACAAUAAUAAUAUGAAUAAUAUUAUAAGUAAUAAAAAUCAUGGUCCAUUUUAUUUACAUAGUCCAAAUGAAGUAACCGAUGACCCGGUGAAGGAAAUAUUUGUCAAAUCACCUACACUUGGAAAAACGUCUUCCAAUGCAUUUAUUUUGAAUUCUCCACCACCACCCCCACCACCGGCCAUAGGCCUUAAUACCAUGACGGUUAAAGUUGAAGUACAUAGCAGUAGCAGCUCUGGUGCUGGUUCAGAUGAAAAUUUGAGCUCAUCAUCAUCAGACAGAGGUAGUGAUCCGGGUACUGUAAUGGGUGAAAACGACUACGAAGAUAUCUAUGAAAUUCAACAACGGCACAGAAAUCAUAAAAAAGAAUCAAAAAGUCCUAGCAGAGAUUCGGGCAGCCACAGUCGUUCAGGUUCCAUGAGUUCUACGGGUAGUAUCGGUGGAGGCCCAGUGUCAUCAACCGUCGUAGUAAUGCACACCCAUGCGGCAGUAGCUGAAACAACUCACAUGACGGUCUCUUGCCACGAAGCCACAGGAGCAUUGACUCCAGAGUCUGGCGUGUCGAGCGGUUCACCUUCAGAUGUGAGCCAUUCGGCCGAAGAUUCUGACCCCGAAGUCAGCGGCAUAGACACAAGACAUCACCAUCAUACACUUCCUUUGCAUCCAGUUCACCACAAUCUCCAUCACCAAAUACACAAAGACCGUAUUCCGCUUAAAAGAGUGGUUUCAGAACCAGCAACAGGUUCAUGUCCACCACCCCCACCUCCUCCAAUGCCAACUACUAAUUUGCGCCCUGUAUAUGUAUAUGUACCAAGUCGAAACGAUUCGUUGUCUGGAUUUGAUGAUCAGUCUAAAGGAGAUAGCAGUGGGGCAAGUACUCCUGCAUCAUCAACCGAGCAGCAACAACACUUAUCAUUCAUUCCACCAAAGUUUCCUCAAUCAAACACCAACGAAGACGAAACAGGACUCAUCAAACCAUCGACUUACUUAAAAACUGUCGGUAGUUCUACUGGAUCCGGUGACGAAGUAACAGUGGCCGGUACGCGAUUACCAGCCACUCCUCUCCACAAAACCAAAUCUGAUUUAGCAAAUAAACAGCUGCAACCUUUGGCUGCUAUCAGCAUACAAGACUUACAUAGUGUGCAAUUGAAGAAAACUCCAGGAGCAGCUAAGAUCAUGAACAGCAGUGAUAGGCAGCAACAGUCAGCUGGUGGAGUAAUAUCACCACUUCAAGCACAAAGGCAAGAUCUGAUUGCUGAAUUGAAAAUGUCGAGAGACAUAAAUGGCAUAAAAAAGAUGAAGGUGGAAAAAGUAAAAAAGGAUGAGAUGACUGAAAAACAAAAGAUAGACGAAAUAGCUAAACAAUUAUCACCUGACAAUAUAAUUGAACAAAUCCCAGAAAAAGAUGCGAAUGGUAACUUGAUACCUGCAUGGAAGAGACAAAUGAUGGCAAAAAAAGCAGCAGAAAAGGCACGUAAAGACAUGGAAGAAGAACUAAUUAGGAAAGCAGAAGAAAAACGCUUACAAGCUCUACCUCCAUGGAAAAGACAAUUGAUGCAAAAUAAAAGUAAAAAUGAGGAAAGACCAACCGUUAUUCAAGUGAAACCAAGCAAUACUACAAAAGUGUCUGAAAUGGCACAAAUAACGGAUGGUCAAAAUAAGGAAAAUGACAAACCACAAGAAACUGAAAAAAUAGAAGAUAAGUCUGCAAUAACUGAACCAUCUAAGCAUGAAGAUGAACCAGAAGAACAAGAUAAGAUUAUUCCUUGGAGAGCUCAACUAAGAAAAACCAAUAGCACACUUAAUCUCCUUGAAUAAAAAUAUUAAAAUAUGGCAUGUUUACAUGAUCGAUUUGACUAUUAUUUAAAAUUAUAUAUUUGUUUGAUAUUUAUACAUUCAUAUUGUACUAUACAAAUAUUAUUUAAACAUUAGUAAUAAAAGUUUCAGUGAUAUCUUUUA